AUGGUUCAAUUUGGACACGAUUUCAAAGAAAAAUACUAUUCGCUAUUAGACAAAGAUGUCACUCUUGUCAACCAUGGUUCUUAUGGUACUACCUCAACGAUGGUCAUGGAAGAAUUGAAAAAAGUAUGUGAGCUGGAAGAAAAUUAUCCUGAUGCCUUUUAUCUCAUUAAAGCAAAGGAGAGAUACGUUGCUCAAAUUAAGGCAUUAUCUGAUUACAUUGGAUUAGAUUCGAAAAAUCUUGCAUUGGUUCCAAAUGCAACUAUGGGUAUAAAUACAGUAUUACGGUCUGUACCAUGGGAUUUUGAAAAGGAUAGUGUUUUGGUACACACAACUUCUUACGGUGCCUGUUCUAAUACAGUUAAAUUUCUUCAUGAUUACUAUGGUCUUAAAUUUGAUACCACUAAUAAUGUCUAUCCUAUGGAAGAUGAUGAUGUGUUGAAAAAUUUCGAAGAAAAAUUGGCUACAGGUAAGCAUAAGCUUUGUAUGUUUGAUAUGAUAUCUUCUAUGCCAGGGGUCAUGUUACCAUAUGAAAAAUUGAUAACUUUAUGUAAAAAAUACAAUGUCUUGAGUUUAAUAGAUGGUGCACAUGCGAUUGGAAUGGUAGACCUUAAAUUUAUUGAUGAAUUGCAACCAGAUUUCUUAACCACCAACCUGCAUAAGUGGAUGAGUGUUCCAAAAUCAUGUGCCAUGUUGUACGUUAAUCCAAAACAUCAUAGUACUAUUCAAACUAACCCUAUUUCAUGGUCCUAUAUACCUAAUGACAUUAAGGAAGGAUCAGAUGAAGUUGCAGACACUGUAAUGAUUGAUAAGUUCUGGUACCUCGGUACUGUUUCUUAUGCCCCAAUGUUAUGUGUCGAGGAAGCCAUCAAGUUCCGCAAAGAAAUUUGUGGUGGCGAAAAGGUAAUUAGAAACUAUCAAGUUCAACUAAGAAAGGAGGCCAUCAAAUUAGUUAUCGAACAAUUUGGUCCCGGAGCCGAACUAUUAGAAAAUACAAGAGGAACGUUAAAUGUUCCAGGUAUGUUUAAUAUUUCCUUCCCUGUUGAAGAAAAAUAUGUUCCGGUAGUGAAAUACUUGAUCGACAAUUUCCAUGAAUGGAGGAAAUUCAAGGCAGAUUGCGAAGGUAUAAUGGUUGCAAAAGAUAAAUCAUUCGCACCUUUUUUGGUUCACAACAACAAGAUAUAUGUGAGAUUCAGUGUGUUUAUCAUUAAUGAGGCCAGUGACUAUACAAAAUCUGCGAAAUCCAUUAAGGUCCGUUUAGAAGAAGCCUUAGAAGAGAAAUAUCAAACUCUUUACGGAGUUGGAGGAAAAUUACAGAAUCUAAAUAUUGAUUAA